AUGCGCUUGCCCCGCGGCGGGCUGCUUCAAUCGAUCGUUCUCUUCCUCGCCGGGAUCGUACAUACGGUGCCGGCGCUUGACAUCGACAUUAAUGAUCCUGAAUCCAUUAAAACUGCAGCCAGCCAGAGCGCCCAUGGUUCGAUGUUAUGGUACAAAGGGAAUGAGACGGGUCAGAUUCCAGGGGCAUUUCCGGACAAGUGGUGGGAAGGCAGCGCCCUGUUCUUAAGCCUGCUAUACUACUGGCAUUAUACAGGCGAUACCACUUAUAAUUCGGAGGUCAGCCAGGGCAUGGAGUGGCAGGCUGGGAACGGAGAUUAUAUGCCAGCCAACUAUAGUAGUUACUUGGGUAAUGACGACCAAGCCUUUUGGGGGAUUGCCGCCAUGACAGCCGCCGAGACCAAAUUCCCCGACGUGGAAAACGGAUACUCUUGGUUGUCGCUUGCCCAGGGCGUAUUCAACGCACAAGCGGCCCGAUGGGAUAGUGCUGACUGUGGCGGUGGACUACGCUGGCAGAUCUUCCCCUACCAAGCUGGCUAUGCCAUGAAAAACGCGAUCUCAAACGGUCUAUUGUUCCAGCUGGCCGCACGUCUUGCUCGAUACACGAACAACCAGACGUACACGGAUUGGGCGGAAAAGGUUUGGGAUUGGAGCGCAUCUUCGCCGCUGCUGAAUACUACGACAUGGAACGUUGCCGACUCCACUGAUAUCGCCGGCGGAUGCACAUCCCAGGGAAACAACCAAUGGUCGUAUAACUAUGGCACAUACCUAAUCGGUGCGGCGUACAUGUACAACAUGACACAAAAGGAGAAAUGGAAGACUGCUGUGGACGGUCUCCUUGGCGUUACUCUAAAUACAUUCUUCCCCAAAGACUUUAAUUACAUCAUGUCCGAGAUUCUCUGCGAACCCAACGAGGUUUGCAAUGACAACGAAAUUUUGUUCAAAGGCCUUGUCACCGGAUGGCUUGCCUUUGUCGCCUUGCUGGUCCCGUCGACCUACGAUCAAAUCCUCCCCAAGCUGCAAGCGUCCGCCCAAGGAGCGGCCGCGUCGUGCAGUGGCAUGGACAAUAACACAUGCGGGGUGCGCUGGCACGAAUCGAAAUGGGACGGCUGGGUUGGUAUGGAGGAGCAGAUUAGUGUGACCGACGUGCUGAGCUCGGUCUUGGUCACCGAAAAGAAAGGGAGCGGCCCCUUGACCUCGUCGACUGGUGGGACGAGUACUAGCGAUCCGAACGCGGGGAAUAACGAUGGUAGUAGCUCCGACAAGAGCAAGGCAAAGCCCAUCACAACGGGAGACAAAGCUGGUGCAAGCAUCUUGACUAUAGGGUUUGCUGGUCUCUGGGGCGGCUUGAUUGCUUUUAUGGUCACUGGAGCUUAA